AUGACGAAGAAAGCAGCAGCAGCAGCGUCGUCGACAUCGUCUCUGACAAAGCCCCAGUGCAAAGACAAAUGUGGGAACCUCAGCAUCCCGUACCCGUUUGGCAUCGGCAAUGAUCCUAAUUGUUUCCGCAAUAAAAAUUUUCAGUUGACAUGCACCACCACCACCACCGGUGAAAAUCAAUUGCUGUUCCUCGACAAUUUACCCGUUUUGAACAUAUCGCUGCACGGCCAACUGACGACCUCUAUUCCUGGAGCUACCAAAUGUUACAUGGACGCCGACAAAAAUUUGCAAGGAAAUGACGACUCUUUUGUAAAAUUUUCGAAUGCAUACAGGGUCUCCGAUACCAGAAACAGAUUGACGAUCGUCGGUUGCGACACGAAUGGUGCUUUGUAUGACUACAGUGAAGAGGGAUUCUACGUGGGGUGCACAUCAAAAUGCUUGAACGAUACCAAAGUGAAGGGCUUACCAUGCAAUGGCAUCGGAUGCUGCCAGACCACCAUACCCAAGGGUAUCACUGAUAUUGAUAUAUAUAUUAGCAGCCGUCACGACUUCAACUACACUUGGCAAAUCAGUAGAUGCGGGAUUGUCGUUCUGUCGGAUCAGGACGCGUUAGAGUCGCAAGUGUCACACCUAUGGAAUAUCAGAAACAACGUGAAAGACCUGGUAAAUAUUGGCAUCAGAAGUCCAUUAGUACUGGAUUGGGCAAUUCGAAACGAGACUUGCGAGGAAGCACAAGGAAUGAAGAAUUAUGCAUGCGGGGAAAAUACAUACUGCUACAACUCCACAAAUGGCCCUGGAUAUCGUUGCCAUUGUUUGGAAGGUUACGAUGGGAAUCCUUACCUCCAAAAUGGAUGCCAAGAUAGAAGGCCUGGCUGCCAAAACAAGUGUGGGAAUGUUAGCAUCCCAUACCCGUUUGGCCUAGUCGGAGAUGAUCCAACCUGUUACAAAAAUGAUGACUUCAAGUUAUUUUGUAACACUGCUACUGAUCCUCCAAAUUUGAUGAUUUAUGGCCAUGGUUCUCGGUACAGCAGCAUUCUGAAUAUAUCACUUGAAGGACAAAUGAUAACCUCCAUUUGGGGAGCUGUCAUAUGUAACAUGGAGGCAACAAAAGGCCUGCGGAGCGGCAUUAGUGUUAAAUAUAAAUUUCCAAACACAUACAGGCUCUCAGACACCAGAAACAGAUUGAUUACAGUCGGUUGCGAUACAUAUGGAUCUUUGUAUGGCUUUGAAGGGUUCUAUGUCGACUGUCCGUCAUCAUGCUUCAAGGAUACAAAAGUGACGGGCUUAUCUUGUGCUGGCAAUGGUUGCUGCCAGAAAAUGAUACCAAAUGAUGUUAAUGACUUUGGUGUAUACGUAGAUAGCCAAAACGAUUUCCAAUACACUUGGAAUAUUAGUAGAUGUGGGUUUGCUAUGCUUCUGUCCGACCAACACUCGUUUGCUACAGAAAUUUCACAUUUCUGGGACAUAAGAAACAACGUGGAAUACCUCAUAAACGUUGGGAUCCAGACUUCCAUAGUACUAGACUGGGCAAUUCGAAACCAGGCAUGCGAGGAAGCACGAGGAUUGACUGGUCAUGCCUGCGGGAGGAACACUUACUGCAUCAACUCCACAAAUGGCCCUGGAUAUCUCUGCCACUGUAUGCAAGGUUACCAAGGGAAUCCUUAUCUCCUCGAUGGAUGCCGAGGCAUCAUGGGGGAUAUUUCAACAAAAGGGCUUUUCUUUAACAUGAAGCAGAAGAAGAGGAAGAUGAUGUCUCAUGGUGAUUCUUCUCAAGCACUAGAUGUUGAGCCCAUCGCCCUUAUUUUGGCCAAGGAGGUCCCAGUCAUUAACUUGGUCAAAGAGGACCAAGAUAAGAGGUUGCCGCCACACCAGCACGAGGUGGUUUAG